UUCACUUUCAACGCGUGCUACUCUUCUCCGUCGUGUGUCUUCCUCUCCUCUCUCCAUCGCACCACUCCGCCACUGCUACGCUUAUCCAUCGCAGACACCCAGAGCUUCCACAUGGAAGGAAACAUGAGAACAGUUCAACAACUCCUUCCUCCUUCACAUCCCUAUCCAUGGCUUCUUUUUUUCAAUGGUGAAGGCGCCCAAGAUACUCAAAACUUUUGCACCAUAUCAGAUGCCCCAAAAACCUAUACACGAGUGAUUCCAGAGCUGGUGGAAGGAGAGCUAUGCUUUGUGCAAGAUGGCUGGUUUCUUUUGGCAAACUACCACACAGAAAACGAUGCCAAACUCUUCCUUUGGAACCCAUCUAAUCUUAAAAGGAUUAAUCUCCCGCUCCUCAAACAUAAUGGCAUUCGUGAUGGAAUUUUGACAAUCUCACAUGAUCAAGUUUUGUCCGUGUUUUUAUUCUCUACUACUUCAGCUGCAAUAUUCUGUUGGUAUCUUGGGGAUGAGCACUGGACCAGAGUUGACUAUCGCGAGCAACUAAAGAGUGUUCUAGCCAUUGAGGGCGAAGAAUUCCAGAAACAUGUGGAAGACUUGAUCUCUCUUUCUAACCCAUUUUACUAUAAUGGUUGCUUAUAUGCAGAGUCAGAUUUUAGGUCUCAUCAUCUUCUGGUAGAAAUCAAGAAUCUUGAGCCCCGUGCUCUUAAACUGAACUCUUCACAUAUUUUAUAUCCAAAAUUUCCAGCAGCUGCCCUUGGCUACAUAUCAAAGAUGUUAGAAUCAAACAACGAGCUCUUUCGAAUUGAAAUUUCGCAUGCACAUGACAAGGUUAUUGCGGUUGUUGUUCACAAAUUGGAUUUUCAUGGGAAGGUGUGGCAUAAGGUUGAAAGCAUCCAGGAUCGGGUGUUUUUUAUAUCUGACGAUGGCUCAUUUGCUUGUCAAGCCAUCAAUCCUGAUGCUGAUGGAAAUCGUGUCUAUAUCUCGCUAAAGAACCACAAUUUUGUCUACAUUUACAACAUUGAAGACAAAACCUUUAUGAUUUCUCAACCUUUCUCAAAUUUAUCAAAGAAGCGGUCUCAUGCAUGCUGGUUUAUGCUGGAUCUAAGGAUGAUUGGUUCAACCAAUGGAGAUAUAGGAAAGACUCUAAUUAGUGGAAAAGAAAGCAAUGACGAUAUGGAUUCAAAGAAGGUAGGGGACAUGAUCACUAAUGAUGAAUUUGCGUGGAAAUUGUCCUCUACUCUAUCAAUGACUGAUAAUCUUUCGUUGUCUCCAUUAUUGGUUUACUUUGAGAAAGACAAUGUCUUAUCUUUUGUGCAUCCAAAGGACGGUGUCAAGAACAAAUACAACAUUAAUGUGACCCUAGACCUCCAACCAUAUUGUGAAAUCUGCUAUUCAAAAGAUGGUUGGCUACUAAUGGUGGUAAAUAAGCAUUCUUCAUUUUUCUUUAAUCCUUUUGCAAAAGAGCAAGAGAAACCACCUGCAAAUGUACCUUUAACAGACGUCUUGAACACUCGGUGUAUUGCCUUUUCACAUCCCCCAGCCUCUCCUAAAUGUGUGGUAGUUGAACUUCAAAGGAUUCCAUAUUGUCAAACCCCGAUGAUUGCACAUGUCACUUACCCUGGUCGGAAAGAAGAAUGGGAUAGACUCUUUUUUGAAGACCCUAACUUUUCUCUCUACAACAUUAGCCCUGUUUUUCAUAAAGGGUCUUUUUAUUAUCUCAACGAAGAAGGAAAGUUGGGAGUUUUGAAAUUAGCAGGAGAAGAAGACAUAGAUUUUGAUGAACUUGAGAAGCCUUCUGCUCCAUGCACAGGCUACGACAACAGCUUCCUAGCAGAAUGCAAUGGCGAUCUCUUGACAGUAUUUGAGGGUUGUUUUGGAGAGUGGGUUCGAGUGUUUAGGUUGAACGAAGCUACAAUGACAUGGGUCCAAGUUAAAAGUUUGGAGAAUCACAUGCUUUUUGUCGGUAAUAUAUCAUUUUCUGCUGUGGCGAAUGUUCCGGGAAUGGAAAACAAAAUCUAUUUUCCUAGAUUUUAUGGUCAAAACGUGGUGUUUUAUUCAUUAGAAACAAACAACUACCACACAUUUGAAAGCAAUGAAGUAGUGGAUUUUCACUGUAUGAGAGAACUCGUCAAUAGCAGCUGGAUUGAGCCAAGGUGGAACUGAUUUGAAUUUCUAGUUUGGUAGAAUAAUUUGUUAUAUUAUUUUGAUGCUAGCAGUAUGGACUAAGUUUAGUCAUUAAUUUCAUUGCUUCAUGUUUUUUUUUUUUUUAUUGUUUUUGAUAAUUUCAUUGCUUCAUGCUUUCCCAUAUAAAGUAGACGUUUAAUAUUUUCUUGGUUCAAUCAUGGACGACUCUAUCUUUUAUAACUGUUUUCUAUAACAAUAUCUUUUAUAAUUUUAGUUUAGCAUAUAAAGUCGUUCAAAUAUUUUAUAGUUCCCUUAGUGGAUUUAUCAGGUCUGGCUCAUUUCAGAGUUGCUAUAGGAUAAGUCUGAUAUCUCCCACUGCAGAAUCAUGUAAAAGUUUCCGAGAAUAAAUAAUUUGCUUUCCAUGUUGCUAAGUGUCCUCAAUUAGUCUUUUAAAUUCUGUAUCUUUAAUGAGUUAUGAUAUAUACACAUUUCUCCACUUCUUUUCCACCUCCAUUCUAUUUAUUUCUCUCUUAUUUAUCAAUCAAAUCACAUCUUUACUUUAUCUCU